GUAGAUCGGAGGUCAAGAGACGUCGGGAGAGAUGAGCGCGGCGGGGGCGGCGGCGGGCUACCUGGCGCGGCGGGCGGCGCAGAAGGAGCGUGUGAGGCUGCUCUACCGGCGGGCCCUCAAGGACACCCUCACCUGGGCCGUUAACCGCCACCACUUCUACCAACACGCAUCAGAUUUAAGAGACAAAUUUGAAGCCAACAAACAUGCGGAGGAUCUAGACACUAUUGAUAGGCUUAUUCAAGAUGGAGAAGCAAAAUAUGAGAAAUUGCAGCACCCUGAUCCAUAUAUUGUUCCUUGGGCUCCUGGUGGCUCCAAAUUCUCCAGAAAUCUUCCUCCACCAGCUGGGAUUGAGAUUGUCUACGACUUUGGCAAAGAGGAUGACUGAAAUUAGAGAUUUACGGCAAAGAUCCAUCAUGAGCUUCCAAUAAAGCAGAACAGUUGGUGUAAUGCUUGUUUUCUCGAGUAGUGGACUGCAUAAAGACACCAGAAAACUUCUUCCGUUAAUUAAACUGGUGUUAUCAACAUUGUUUUGCUCUAAUACACUUUCUUAAUGACUUCAUACAAGCGUUUGAUAUUUGCAA